AUGAACCUUCAAAGAGACUUUUACUACGAACUAAACAAACCUCCUCCAACAACUUGCAAACCCAAAAUUCCAGUCGAAUAUGUUUCCAGUGGAUAUCAAGUCGAACCAAAUGAGUCGGCAAAAUUGGAGAUUAAAAUAAUCUCCCAAAAUGACCCAGAAAUACGAAUCUCGGGAAAGUUUGAGGCAAAAUUUGGAGAAGUCAAGUUGUCGAAAUUGCCAAGAAAUUUGGAUGUAAGAAACUUGACGGUGGAAGAGAUGAAUGCUGGUCUUGCUGGAGCAUGGUAUCAUCCGACAAAAUACGACGCUAGAAAACUAGUUGACAUCGUCAAAUUUACCGUAGAGGGCGAUUUAAACUUCACCAUCGAAUUUCCCAUUACAAUUCAUUGGAGCAAACUACCCGUUCUCAAUCAUCGAACCUCUGAUGCCGUCGAAGAUCGAGUAACUGUCCUGACCAAAACCUAUCUUCGCUACCCUUGCCUUCGAAGAUUUUUGAAAAGCGUCGAACUUUUUUACCCGAAUAUAACUGUCAUCAUCGCGGACGACAACAAUGAUGAGGACUUUCGGAAGAUGGAGAGUGAGAUUAUAAAGAUCAAGCAAUACAGAAUGCCGGAGAAGGAAGGCUGGUUUGCUGGGAGGGCUCUUGCGCUAAGUCAGGACUCAAUUCUUCCUCUGACCGACUUGCGCUACAUGGUUAACGUAGCAGAAACAACAGGCUAUGAUCUUAUCGGCGGAUCGCUCAACAAACAUGAACGGAGUCCCUGGGCGAAGAGUGAUUUCAUGAAUAUCAGACCCUCCCCGACCGGCUUUUGCUUUCACAGGGGGAUCUAUCAGCAUCUUGAACUACCAGGCUUCGAGGAUGAAUGUAGAAUUGUCGACAUCAUGGAUAAUUUCUUUCUUGGUCGAACUGUAACAGCUGGAAAAAUUCGCUUUGACCCUGAAUUCGACAACAAAGGCCACAAAGAAUACUUUUUCGACGCAAGAGGUCAAUUGCGAAUCGCCUGGUGCAAGAAACCGAUGAUCACUCAUGUGAAUAACUGCACCCCGAAAGAAGAAUGGAACGAAUAUAGAUUUGGCCGAACGGGAGGCAAAUAUGGAUCGCCGAAAGAAUACACAAACUGGCUAGCUGAGUUAUGGUAUUUCCGAAGCCAUGUAAAAUGUAUGCCUGAGAAACCGUGA